AUGUGGCGGUUCUCUGGCUGUGUGAAGCGUCCCGUGGCGUCUGCGGUGGACAUUUGCGGUAGACGUAGUGGUGGUGCUGCUGCUGCCUUUGCUGUGGUUGGAGCGAUGCGGUGGCAGUCGCAGAGCUCCCGUGGCCAGCCCGGGUUUCAUUGGCAGGAGGGCGUGGUUGAUCCGCGCUACUCGUCAGAGGGUAACAUGCGGAAGUUCAACCCAGACACAGUGGCCCACUACGUUAAGGCAACGAUUCAAAACGACCGUCGGGAGAUGGGCCUGGGCGAGGUGUACGACUGGCAUGAGUUUGCGAAGGACGCGGUGUACAUCCCGACGCGAUCGGGACCGCUGUGGGUGGGCAGUGAUGACCCGCGCUGCGCCAAGUUCAUGCGCAGGCGGGAGAAGAUGAAGAAGUCCCCACAACAGAAGGCAAGACCGAAGCCAGGGCCAGACACCGCCAAGCAGCUGGAAGAUCACCCGCUGCGUGAGUUCUUCACCACGGCGAGCAAUUUACGCGAUCCACUUAGCACCGCGAACAACCUGCACCGUGCGGGGCUCAUUCGCGAGUAUGAUAUUAAGCAUACAGCAGCGAAGAUACGCUAUGUCCCGCGCCCGCCGAUUGUGUCAAUCAUGGGUCAUGUCGAUCACGGGAAGACAACACUUCUGGAUUAUUUGCGAAAAACCAACGUUGCCUCUGAGGAGGCCGGCGGCAUCACACAGAAUGUAGGUGCGUUCCAAGUGAAGACGCCCGAUGGUCACUUUGUGACAUUCAUCGACACACCUGGACAUGCGGCGUUUACGGCGAUGCGAGAGGUGGGAGUGGCGGCUAAUGAUCUCAUCAUCCUUGUCGUUUCGGCUGUUGAUGGGGUGCAGCCGCAGACGAAGGAGGUACUUGAGCUCGCACACAAUGCCGGCAUUCCGCUCGUGAUAGCGUGUACAAAGAUUGACCGACAACCAAAGGUUGAUGCCAUUAAACAACAGCUGCGUGAUGGCGGUGUUGAGCUGGAGGAGGAUGGUGGUGACACACAGCUUGUGAAGGUGUGCGCGCGCGAUGGAACAGGCAUUCCAGACCUCCUUGAGGCUGUCGCACUACAGGCGGAGUUGUGCGAAAUCAGCACCCCAGAGCCCUCAAGGUGUGAAGUUACUGUUAUCGAGGCGCGUGGCGCCAGCUCAACUAAUGAAGUGGCAGGCAUUGUGCGCUGCGGAACGCUGCGAUCGGGGCAAGUGCUCGUUGCAGGUAUGACGUACGCAGUGGUGCGUAAGCUCUUCGACGAGCACGGGCAUCCCAUGCAGGAGGCUGGGCCGUCAACACCUGUGAUUAUGCACGGCUUUCGCGUGCACCCCAAACCGGGCUCCAUACUCAUGCAAGUCAGUAGCGAGCCCCAUGCACAGAAGUACUACCUCUUUAUGAAGGAGGUUUACCAGACGGAGGGCCACCGAGAGGACUACCUGCAGCUACUGAACCAGGAGCAGCAUGGCAUGAUUUAUGCCCGCAAACCGGACAACAACCUGGUGCGCGCGUACAGCACCAAGGCCUUCGUGCUUUCAUGUAAGGCUGCAACAUUUGGUAUGCUGCAGGCUCUCAUGAAGAUGCUGUACCAACUUCCUCGGUUGGAGGGCAUUUCGACGGAGAUAAAGGUGACGGAGGUGGGGGGUCUAAAGGACUAUGAUAUUGCACUCAUUGGCAGCUCUGGACAACCGGGAUGCAUCCUGUUGUAUGGAGAGAGCAAAGACACCAAUACUUUAGAUGUCCCUAACCAUGUAAAGGUGAUACGGUUUAACGUGCUAUACCAUGGAAUAGAAGCGUUAAAGGAAACGCUGGUAGAGGCGCUUCCAAAAAAUACUCAAGUACGUAUCACUGCGGAAGCUGAGUGCCUGCAGGUAUUUCGUGCAUCACAGGCUGGUAAAAAUGGCAACGCUGGUGGAAUACGCGUAACUAAAGGUACCAUUGUGGCUUCACAUCUGACAUUCCGUGUCUUGCGGAAGGCUUCAAGGAGCAAGACCAUAGGGGGGAGCCCUAAAAACAGCGGCGGCUCUGAGGGCGAAGAGGAUCAACGCGAUGUGGUGUAUGAGGGGCAGAUUAGGGAGUUGCGCCGCUUUAAAGAAAUCGUGCCGUGUGUUGAGACAGGUUUGGAAUGUGGUGCAAUACUCCAUGAGGAGUUUCAGUUUCGCCCGGGGGAUAUUCUCCAACAGUACGAAACUUACGAGGAGCCACGUAAUGUGGCGGAGGAGUACGAGAAGGCGGAGCUUCGGGAAAAAAUAAUGCGAGAGACAGCUGCGGCACAGGCCCAAAUGGAGGAGGAGAGCAGCAGUGAUGCAGUGGGGCCAGGGAAGAGAAAUGCAUCAUGA